AUGUCAGAAGUGCAAUCUGGUUUGCUAACAAUGACGACAAUAAUCUUGAUAUGUAUUGGCCUCACAAUGAUGGGAACAGGUCUUUACCAAAAAGCAACAGUGUCCACUUGCAUCCAAGAAACCUCAAGCCAAUUCGUCUUACUCGGUCUGAUCCUUCUGUUGAUUCCUCAGAUGGGUCUAUACGGAAUCUGUUGCCGUUCUAAACGCCUUUUCAUAUUUUUCUUCUUUGGUAUGAUUGUGGUCAUAAUGAUUGUAGCUUCUUACUCAAUCAAAUGCUUCAUUUACAACACCACUUUUGGCAUCGCCAAGAAUCCGGCCGAGGACAACCGCACUGUCAAUCAGUUGCUUGGACGGCUCGUCUCUCGGGAAAGGUUUCAGCAAGUAACCUGGUGUAUCGUUCACAACCAUGACUGUAAUUUCAAUGCCAGUAAAAACAGCAAUGUUUGGAAGUAUUGCUGUGCACAGCCUCAGGGAUGUGGGGACAGGACAAUGUUCGACAAGCCAGGAGAAUGGAGUUGGAAACAGCAGUAUCAACAGAACCAAGUUCCUGAAGAAUGUGAUUAUGAAUAUUGUUUGAAUUGCAGAGGUUGCCAGCUCAGCAUUCUGAAAGCCAUUGUUCAUCAAUGGAAGUAUCUCUCCAUGUUUUCUUAUCCUACCUUGGUACUCGCCUGCAUCAGUCUUGCCAUAGCUUGGUCUCUCAAGGAGACAGUCGAUGAAGUCGAGGAUUAUCGAGGUUCUUAUAGUUGA